ACCGGCCUGUUUGCCUCACCUCAAUGCUGCGCUACCGACGUCCUUGGUGUCGCCGAUCUCGACUGCAUCGUUCCCACUACUGCUCCGCAGAAUGCCGCUAGCUUCCAGAGCACCUGCGCCGCGAGUGGCAGGCGUCCUCGCUGCUGUGUUCUCCCCGUUGCCGGCCUUGGCGUCCUUUGCACAUCUCCCGUUGGCACCCAGUAA